ACCUGUGUGCCAACGAAGACUGUGGAGAAGCUACCUGCACUGUUGAUAUAGACAUGCCCGUGUGCGUGUGCAAGGACGGUUUUGUAUUCGACGAUGACCACAAGACGUGUGUGGUGGACCCGUGUGCCGGCAGCGGGGUGUGUGGGUUAGAGGGUUCCUGCACCACUCUCGGUCCUAACGAUUUUUUCUGCUAUUGCGAGAAUGGCCUUGCCUUCAACGAGGCUGACAAGACGUGCUAUGCUCCCUUGGCGCGGACGACAGUGGCGCUGCAGCAAGGAGGCUCCAGAAGCAUUGUGCCCGCCACCUUCUUUUUGCCGCUGCCGGCAGAGCAGGCCAGUGGCAGCAGUGCGUGCGGCAACCUGUAUGUCACCAUCGAAGGCACCGCCAAGAUCACCGUCGUGUGGAAUGCCUCCAACCCCACCUCGCCUUCCCGCGACGCCCCUAGCAACGCCAUGUGCAAGAGCUUGUCGUUCUACGCCGAGUCGGGCUGCACGAAGAAGCUGGGCUUCACCAUUGCGCGUCCUGCAAAGAAGGGCAGUUCCUACCCCGUCACCAUCAAGACUGUCAAAGGAAUCCGUUCGCUGUUAUCAGUUGGCUGUGAGAUCA